AGCAGGACAACAUGCCAACAGACCGAUAUCCUAUAUAUUGGUGAGGAGGAAGAUUUGGGUAGCUAGCUCUGUGGAAGAAAUGAUUAAAAAAUAAAAAAAGAGAUGAGGGUUAGCCGAUUAGGAAAAGAGAGAAUUUAGAAUUUUGGAUUAACACUAGGAGUAAAAGCAAUAGAACUGUCGACAUAUACCAUUCAUUUAUUCUCUUUAUCUUGUAAGGAACUCUUUCAUUAAGCCAAUGAACUUCACACGAAUUGUUGCCAGGAGGACUUUACAAGGAACAUUGAUUAUCUGAUUCCCCGAGUUUUAAUUUGUACAUGCAGUCAUUCAUAAGAGACAAUAUCCAGCAAGUCUGGUGUUCAAAUUCUAAUAUUCCCAUAUUGCGAUCUCCUUUGACUCUAGAGAGAGAGGGUAAUGGAUAUGUAGAUAGAAGUCGAACUUGUUAGAUGCUAUGCUGUCAGCUUCUCAUGAAAAGGUUCUUUUUGCCCCUUCAGGAUAAAGAAGUAGUGGAAUUACAGUAAUGGCUUUAGCAGGCACUAACCGCCAUUGGAGUAGUAGGUGCUGCAAUAAACAAAACACUUUUCUCUAGUGCUACAUCCACUACGAUUUGUGGGUUUCAUAUGUAUUACUCAUUAAAAACGUUUUUAGUUGAUUGGUUUUACUAUAAAUUUUGAAGUUGAGAAGUGUUUAUGCAUUGCAAUAUUGAAGAAAUGAAGUGCAUCUGCUUUUUGGUGUUUCUUGCUAUUUUUGGCAUUGCUGAGCUCAAUGUAGCAGAAGGAGCUGGUGAAUGUGGGAGAUCAUCCCCUGACAGUGAAGCCUGGAAGUUGGCUCCUUGUGCAAUGGCAGCACAAGAUUUGAAUGCUCAAGUGUCUGACAGUUGCUGCCAACAGGUGAGGAAAAUAGGCCAGAAUCCAAGAUGUCUCUGCGCUGUUAUGCUUUCUAACACAGCUAAGAGUUCUGGAAUCAAGCCAGAAGUUGCUGUGACCAUUCCUAAACGCUGCAACAUUGCAGAUCGUCCCAUGGGUUACAAAUGUGGAGGUAUAUUUUAUUUUUACAGUAUUAUUUACAGACUCUUUAUCCAUUUUUCCUCUGCUUUUACAAGAUUCACCAAGUUUGACUCUCAUUUUCCUUCUUCAUUUGCAUCUCUUGAAAUUGCUUCUUACAUUUUGCAGAUUACACUCUGCUUGAGCAUGAAGGCACAAGUCAUGGUUCCUGGUGAUGUAUUUGAAUGA